UCUGGACACACUUUCAGUGAGCAGUAUCAAAAAACUGCAAGAGCAAGCAAAUCUUAGACUAUCGCAGAAAGGGAGGAUGUGCACAUAGGAAAAUAAAACUUGUAAUUGCUGCCUGAAGCGCACGAACCAGCAACCCUGCCGCCUGCUUAGACAUUCGGACAAAAAUGACGAACGACAGUUUUUUCACGUAUAGGCACUUUCUUCUAAAAGUGUUUUUGUUGCAGUUUGUUUGUUUUCAGCUAACGUUAGCGGCACCAUCUCCAAUAAUAAAGUUUCCUGGCGAUACUACCCCAAAAACAGACAAAGAAGUCGCGCUGCAUUACCUGAACAAGUUCUAUGGAUGCCCAAAAGACAGAUGCAAUCUCAUGGUGCUUAAAGACACGUUGAAGAAGAUGCAGAAGUUUUUUCAACUUAAAGAGACCGGGGAGAUUGAUCAGAAAACUGUGGAGAUCAUGAAGAAACCUCGUUGUGGUGUACCGGAUGUGGCCAACUACAACUUUUUCCCAAGGAAGCCCAAGUGGGGGCAGGAUGCAAUAACAUACAGGAUUCUCGGGUACACUCCCGAUCUGGACGAGGAAACCGUGAACGACGCCUUUUUCCGGGCUUUCAAAGUGUGGAGCGACGUCACCCCACUCAAGUUCACUCGCUUAAUGGAUGGGGAAGCUGACAUCAUGAUCAAUUUUGGACGCAACGAGCAUGGUGACGGCUACCCCUUUGACGGGAAAGACGGCCUUCUGGCCCACGCCUUCGCCCCCGGCCCAGGAAUUGGGGGCGACUCCCACUUUGAUGAUGAUGAGCAGUGGACUCUUGGAGAAGGACAAGUGGUCAAGGUUAAGUUUGGGAAUGCGGAGGGGGAGUUUUGUAAGUUCCCUUUCCUCUUUAUGGGGAAGGAGUACAGCACCUGCACGUCCGAGGGCCGUGAUGACGGCUUCCUUUGGUGCUCAACCACCUACAACUUUGACGAUGAUGGGAAGUACGGCUUCUGCCCCCACGAAUUGCUGUUCACGAUUGGCGGAAAUGGCGACGGGGCUGCCUGCAAGUUCCCCUUCACCUUCCUCGGCGACAAGUACGACGGCUGCACCACCUCCGGCCGGGACGACGGGUACCGCUGGUGCGCCACAACCGAGGACUACGACCGCGAUAAGAGCUUCGGUUUCUGCCCCGAAACUGCCUUGACAACGAUGGGGGGCAACUCGGAAGGAGCACCCUGUGUUUUCCCCUUCACUUUCCUGGGCGACAGCUACGACGGCUGCACGGCCUCCGGGCGCAGCGACGGGAAAAUGUGGUGCGCCUCCACUAAAAGCUACGACGACGACCGCAAAUGGGGUUUCUGUCCUGACCAAGGCUACAGUCUGUUCCUGGUGGCUGCCCAUGAGUUUGGCCACGCCUUGGGGCUGGAGCACUCUGAGGACCCCGGGGCCCUGAUGGCCCCCAUGUACACUUACACCAAGCACUUCCGUCUGUCUAACGAUGACAUCAGAGGCAUCCAGGAGCUCUACGGGGUCCCGACAGAUAAGCCGCUGCCGCCCACUCAGGGUCCCGUCACUCCCAUUGACGUUUGCAGCGAGGACGUACUCUUUGAUGCCGUCGCCCAGAUCAGAGGAGAGACGUUCUUCUUCAAGGACAGAUUCAUCUUCAGGUCUUCCAACUUCAGACAGAAGCCCAACGGACCUAUGCUGGUGGCCACCUUCUGGAGCGAGGUGCCAGAGAAGAUCGACGCCGUCUACGAAAACCCCCUGGAGGAGAAGACCGUUUUCUUCGCAGGGAAUCAGAUGUGGAUUUAUUCAGCUAGCACUCUAGAGAAAGGCUAUCCCAAGAGGCUCUCCUCCAUUGGCCUGCCAGCAGACCUGCAGCGUGUCGAUGCCGCUUUCUCCUUCCCCAAGAACAAGAAGACCUACAUAUUUGCCGGAGACAAAUACUGGAGGUACAACGAGGGCAAGAAGAAGAUGGACCCCGGCUUCCCCAAGCCAAUUGGGGACUUCUGGAGCGACAUCCCUGACAACGUGGACGCCGUCUUCAGCCUGAACGGCCACGGACACAGCUACUUCUUCAAAGAAGGUUACUAUCUGAAAUUAGACAACGAAAGCCUGAAGACUGUCAAAGUGGGAGACGUGAAGACCGACUGGCUCGGCUGCUGAACUGCCCCGCCAAGCGAAGGGGCCGGCUCCACGCCAACCGCCAACCGCCAGCUGCCCCCCCCCCCCCCGCCCCACACACACACACACACCCCUGACACCCUUCUCCCCCACAGUGACCCACCGUCGUCACAGCCAUCGGGCCUGUAAAGACACAAGGCAUAUCCCCCUCUACCUGCUGAAUCUCUCCAACAAAGGAGUUCAUACCUACCCUUUGUUCCCCAGACUGGCCUGCUCCAAGGUUUACCUUUGGCCCCAUUUUAAAUCUGAACAUGGGAAAGUGAAUUGAAAUGUACAUAUUGCUUACCUGUGUGGAAGUGAUUUUAAAAAUCUGUGUAAGAUCAAAAUGAAAAUCAUAACACUGACAGACACACUUACACACACACACAUUUAAUGGCAUCGGGAAUGUCCACGCUACAAUCCAGACCCUACCUGGUGGCGUAGUGCAAAGUCUCUAAUUAUCAAAUUUGAUUCAUAAGGACAGUUUUAUUAGCACUUUGUGUUUUGUUUAUAAUUGUGUUCCAUAGAAACCGUAGGAGCAAGUAACUGUCAUAGCAGCUCCACUUUGUAUCGCUGGUGCUCUUGUUUCACUAACAGUCGAGAAAGAUUCAUGGCACGGGUUGCCUGAAAGUUGUAUGUACAGUAGUACGUUAACAUGAAGGACAAACAGCAUGAACGUAUCACAAAAGUAUUGUUUAAUAAUCGUUUGUAUUACUGUUGUUAUUGUUUGAUACUUUUUUGUAUAUGAUCAUAAGUAGGUUUGAUAUUUGCUUUGUGCACUUUGUCACUAUACUUUUUUUUUUUAAAUAAAAUGAGUCUUUGUUUUAA